CUGUCACUCUUCUUUUUUUUCUAGACGUUUCCCUUUGGUCAUAUUGUGUGGCGUUGGAGUUCACAGUCCGCUCUCAAGUAUGGGAUGCUGAUAGGGGACUUCAUGUUGGCUGUCAAUAUCCUCCUCUCUGGAAACAAUUAUGCGAAAGUGGCAUUACUGUUCAAAUUUAUGAACAUGGGGAUGGUGGGAAGGUCCACAUUUUUCAAAAUACAGGACACCUACUGUGUGGACACCAUAAAACAGUUCUGGGAAGAAAAGCGAGGAUUAGUUAUUUCCCAGCUAAAGCCCAAAGCCAGUGUCGUGGCCCUGGGAGAUGGUCGGAUGGACAGCCCUGGAUUCUGUGCACAGUACUGCACAUAUAGUGUGAUGGAGAAUGACUCUAAAGACAUCAUCUCCAUGGUGACAGUGGACAAACGUGAAACGGCGCGGAACAGUGUCAUCAUGGAGAAGGAAGCCUUCAUCCGGACUUUUGACACACUUCCCAAGGGCAUAUAUAAGUCAUGGGGAGUUCGCCAUACCCUUGACAUGUGGCACGGAUCGAAAAACCUUGGAAAGAAGAUCCACCAGGCGAGCCAGCAGAAGGGGUGCUCCAUUUUACUCAUUUGGAGCAAGGAUGUGUGUAACCACUUUUGGUUUUGUGCCAAAAUGUCGGCAACCUAUGACGACUUCUUUGUAAGUACUAUAUGAACUGUUAUUUAUAUUGCUACACUUGUGGAGCCAGAAAUAUUUCACAGCUGCAGACAUCAUUUCAGCGUAAUGUGUCGGAUCAUUGCUGAUGCGUUAUUGUUCUCUUAGGACAUGUGGGCUGGCCUACUCCAUCACGUCACAGGAGAACACGAGUGGGCUCUUGGCGCCUGUCACCAUGGACCCUUGUCGGACAACAGGGACAAGGAAUGGAUAGAGAAGGGAUCUGUGGCACACAGAGCACUCACUGAGAUAGUGCUAAAUGCACGCUGGCUGGGUCA